UAAAUUAAUUUAGUUUAUAAACAUUAAUAGCUUUAACCAUUGAAUUAUCAAUACUGUCAUCCCUUACAUAAUAUAACCGCCAAUUAUUAAUCACAAAUAUCUUAUCACGUGUUUAUCUAUCGCGCGCGCGUUUGUCUAACAUAGGAUAUAUACACACUAAUGAUGAGCCGUUACCGCGACUGGAACCUCGACUGCAAGGUAUAUGUGGGUAAUCUACAGGAAAACUGUAUCAAAUCGGAUGUCGAGGCAGCCUUUGCUAAGUACGGGCCCCUGAAAAACGUAUGGGUGGCCCGAAACCCACCGGGAUUUGCAUUUGUCGAGUAUGAAGACUCGCGCGAUGCCGAAGACGCUGUACGUGGUUUGGACGGAACUCGUAUUGGUGGCGCCCGUGUACGGGUCGAGAUGUCUCACGGCAGGUCACGCCGGGGCGGUGGCGGCCGAUCCCGAUAUGGCAGCGGAGGAGGAGGCGGUGGUGGAGGUGGCGGCGGUUCAAGGUAUAGCGGCAGCAGACGUGGUGGUGACCACUCUCCACGUAGACGCCGUUCCCGAUCUUUAACCCGAAGCCGAUCCCGUUCGCGGUAAUAGAUCUCACAAUCACAACACACAUACCACUUCUCUACCACUACUACUACUACUACUGAAUUGAGUUGUACUACACAUCCAAUUGAUCCUUAAAAAAGAGACAUCAGUCCAAAAAACAGACUUCAGUCUCCUUAAGCUCCUACACUUCAGAGAGAGGUUACUUCAGUCACAAAAAAGAGAUACUUCAGGGACAGUUGUGUCACAGUUACUUCAGAGACAGUCUCCAAUUACUACCUACAGUGUAUCUCUACCAUCGGUAUUCACUACAGACAUACUACUGACCAGUGAGAAAGUGUGUAUGUGUUUAUUGAUAGGGUGUGUGUGUAUUAGUGACACCUUAUUUAGGGUGUCUCGGUAUUUGUCUAAUUAAUAGUCAAUAAUGGAUAAGCAAUGUGUUUAGGAAUUAUUAGGAGUUUCUAUAAUUUAAUUUAAAAGUUUGUUAGACAUAGAAUUACAAGGACAGUUAGGUUUUUUAGGAAGGUUAUAUAAUACCAAUAACCAAUAGAAGUUGAUUGCUAUCAAUACUUAUAUAUAAUUUAUAUGAUUAUGUGAUUU